AUGGCCGCCUCGCCGGGCUCGACGCCGGCCGUCGAGCUGUUCAGCACCUCGAUCCUGUCCAACCACAAGGUGCGGUCGCGCCACGAGCGGUUCACGGGCGUGUUCGCCAUCAAAAAGAUCCCCUACGUCUACCACGACCUCGCCUCGGACGAGGACGCCAAGACGCGAUGGCGCCGCAAGACAAAGGACCCGCAGCUGCCCGGCAUCCUGGUCAACAAUGAGUGGCGCGGCACCUAUGAAGAGUUUGAGGAGGCCGUCGAGUUUGGCGAGCUCGAAAUGUUCCUCGGCAUCGAUCCGGUCAGCAGCGUGCCAGCGCAGCAGCAGCAGCAAACAGAAGCUGCUCCCCCGGUCAGCGCAACCUCGGCAGCCUCUGCGUCGGUCGAGCCGCCAAUACACGCGGCGCAGCAGGCCACCAGCGCCAAGGAUCCGAGCCUGUAUCCGACCAUCCACUUCGCCCCCGAGGGAUCCGGCAAGCGGGCCGAGCCGACCGCCGACGAGUUCAUCGCCUCGCUCGGCCUGGCCGACGACAGCCUGACAGAGGCCGACGCCGACGCGCUCCUCGCCAGCAUCGGCACGCCCGAGGGCAUCAAAUCGGCACAGACUCACAAGAAGGCCUUCACCCCUUCGCCCGAGGCGGCUGUCAAGCCCCUGCGCCUGGCCAGGAUGGGCAAGGCCACCGGAUCCUCCUCUGCCGCUGGCGCAGCAUUGGCGGGUGAGGGCUCGACCAGGGCGCCCGGCACCAGUCCGCGCUCGCCGCCCGUUGCGCGCUACUCGAUCUCGCAGCGUUCCGGCAAGGCGCUCGCGGCCGAGGCCUCGGCGCUGGUCACCAACCGCAAGACGUCUGGCGCGCUCCUUCGCGAAGCGGUUUCGCAGGGCAAGAACCUCGACGAGGCGCUCGAGCAGAGCAAGAUCAAGGACAUUGUCUCGAACGAGGACCUCGACCACCUCUUUGCCUCUCUCGGCCUCAAGGACGCCGACCUGGCAGAAGACGAGGUCGAGGCGUUCCUCGAGGCCGGCGCGAUCCCCGAUGGCCUUCAGUCGGGCGGCAGCCGACUCACGAGGUCCUCGACCAAGGCUGACAAGGUCAGGGACGAGGUUGCCGCCCGCGAAGUGGCUCAAAGGGCGCGGGAGAAGGGAUACGGUGUCGGCACCGGACCGACCCUACCGACGGCAGCAGCAGCAGGUACGCUGCCGGAGGCCAUCGCCGAAGACGAGGCAGAGACGGAGACGGAUGCGGCCGCCCCAGCGAAAGCUUCGCUCGCCGAGGCGCUCGAGAUCACCGAGUUGAAGGCGGGCGUGGCAGGCGAAGCUGCAGAAGGGACGACGGGCAGCCAGGUAAUCAAGCCUGACGACCCAGCAGAAGCAGUCGGUGCGGAACCAAAGACCUUGGUCGAAGCGUCGCCGGCCAACGCAGCGGACGAAGAAGCAGCUGUCGCGGAAGCGGACGCUGACAAGGAGGUUGCCGCGACGGGCAAGGGUGAUGAGCCAGCGGAUACAGCUGGAGAUGCGCCGGCCCCGACUGCGACUGAAGCUGUCACCGAGGUCGAGCAAGAGGUUGGCAGGAACAAGGACACUGUCGCCGCAGCGCAAGCACAGGAAGACGAACCUGUAUCGGCGGCUGACGCUGAUCUUGCAGAAGGGGCAAAGGAACCGCCACAGGGCACUGACGCUCAAGUGCCGGCAGAAGCUGCAUCCGUCGAGGAGGAGCAAGAGCCGGCAGCAGUCGAUGCUGAGGCCGCAGAAGCAGCGACGGCCGACCCCUCCGCGCCAACGGAGGACGCUACAGGCCAAGGAACCGCCGGCGAGACGAAGACAACCCCAAAAGCAACCGCCGACGAGGCGUCGGCAGAGGUCGAGACCGUCGCGCCGUCGAAGGUCGGAGCUGAGCCGUCCGUUGGCGAUGCGGCUUCCGACGGGGCGGCUGCCGCUGUCGAGUCCGGGGAGGGUGCGGUCGAGCCCGCUCCGGCCGUUGCGGCCGAUGCCGAAGCUGAUGGCAGCCAGAAGACGGCCGCCGCCGCGGAUGUCGAUGGCGACGCGGUUGUCGCGUCUUCUAAGACGGACGACGACGCUUCCGCUCCCGCUACUGCUCCUGCUGCUGCUCCCGCUACUGCUCCUCUGCAGCCCAUCUCCCCCAACGCCACAACAUCGGACAGCAAGAGCGAUGCCGUAGACGCAUCGGCAUCGUCCGCCGUUGCCGUUGCCGCUUCGGCUGCGGCUGCGGCUGCGGCGACGGUUGCGGCUGCUGCUGGCAGCACGACGACGGCGGCGGCGGCGACGGCGAGCAAGACCAAGUCGCGCCCGCCCAAGUUGCGCUCGCCCAGUCCGACGCGUUCAGCACGACGGGCCAUUGACGUAUCUCGACCCAACGCCGCGCCGCCGCCACCCCUCCCCGCCCUCCCUGCGGUCCCACCGACCACAACGGCCCCCAUAUCGCCCUCUCCGCUCUCCCCGACGCCGCGGAAAUCGAUGCUACCCUUUUCCAAGACGUUUGGCAAAAAGUCCCAACAGCAGCAGCAGGUGUUCCCUUCGUCGACUUCACCUCCAUCCAAGACUACGACGAUGGCCAAGACGACGACAAAGGCCAAAGAGGACCCACCACCACCACCACCACCACCGAUGACGACGGCGGCGGGUGGUGCGGCGGCAAAGGGACAUCAUCAGCGGACGAUUAGCGAGAUUCUCAGAGAGGCCGAUCUGGUUCUGGGUCAAGGGUAUGAUUCGGGUAGCGAUGCCGAAGACGACGAUGGACUGGGUGCCGAGAGCCUGGAUACCGAGUUCAGAUAG